AUGUAUCUUAUCGACAUCGGGCAAACUGAACUUGUUGAUGAGCGAUCGGUCUAUUAUCUGCCUUCGGAACUGCGAAAAUUGCCUCCGAUGGCGGUACCCCUUGUGUUAGCAAAUUGCCGGAUGGGUCACAAGGCGCUUUUUGCUUGUAAACUGGAUCAUUUCUCGACACUCAUGUCCGGCUCACAAUGUGUAUUUACGCUCUGCUCAAGCUUCAAUGGUCAGCCACUGUCAUUAUCAAGGGAUGGUUAUUAUCCGACAUCAAUGAGUACUGUGUUUCCUCCUUUGCUUCUAGCUCGUGUAUUCCACGAAACAACAAAAAAUGAUGAAAUAUUCUGCACAUGGGGCAUGCCGGAAGAUAUUUCGCUCAACAGUACAUCAUAUGUGCUGUACUCUCCAACGAAAUUUUCAUUCCGUGCAUACGCGUUGGAAAACAAACCACCCGAAGUUCUCAGAGUGCGUGUGACGCAAAAAAUUAUUGACGGUCACUAUUGGCUUCGUGAUGAGUCGCUUUGCUUAUUGAUCGACAAGUUUGAGAUUCGAAGAUAUUUGGUUCUCUAA